AUGGAGAAGGGCCUGCGGAACGCCAUAGUCUUCAAUGCGUCCAAAGGGGAGGCGUUCACCCUCGCCAACAGCUACAAAUCCCUGCGGAAAAGGCUUCGCGGUAACUGGAAGAUCCAGAGCUUAAAAGAUGAGAUCACAUCUGAGAAACUCUUUGGGGUAAAGUUGUGGAUUACAGCAGGGCCAAGAGAAAAGUUCAGUGCUGCUGAGUUUUCUGUUUUGAAGAAAUUCCUGGAGGAAGGUGGAGCCAUCUUGGUGAUGCUAAGAGAAGGUGGAGAGUCCAGAUGUGGCACAAAUAUUAACUUUUUGUUAGAAGAAUAUGGCAUCAUUUUCAAUAAUGAUGCUGUAGUACGAAAUGUGUACUACAAGUACCACCACCCAAAAGAAGCACUAAUCUCUGAUGGAGUUCUGAAUAGGGGAAUCAGUGAAGCUGCAAGAACAACAGUGCUUGAGACAACGGAUGAAGAUGGGAGUGGACAUGACUCACAAGCUCUCACUUUCCUGUAUCCAUUUGGUGCCACGUUGAAUGUGAUGAAGCCAGCAGUGGCUGUUCUGUCAACAGGAUCUGUCUGCUUCCCGCUCAACAGGCCUGUUCUAGCUUUCUACCAGCACGAGAGUCAAGGUGGAAAGAUGGCAGCACUGGGAUCUUCCCACAUGUUCAGUGAUCAAUAUUUAGAUAAAGAAGAAAAUGGUAAGAUCAUGGAUGUGCUUUUCCAGUGGCUUACAACGUCAGAUAUCCAUUUGAACCAGAUGGAUAUGGAGGACCCUGAGAUUUCAGAGUACACCAUGCCCCCAGAUACAGCCGCGCUCUCUGAGCAGCUGCGAGUCUGUCUGCAAGAAGGAGAUGAGAUCCCAAGAGACUUCACAAAGCUGUUUGACACGUCCCUUUAUCAGCUGGAUACAACUGCCCUCCCUUCAGUUAUCAAAGCUUAUGAACAGCUGAAUGUGAAGCAUGAACCCCUCCAACUCAUUCAGCCACAGUUUGAGACUCCACUACCUGUCCUCCAGCCAGCUGUUUUCCCACCUGCUUUCAGGGAAUUGCCUCCUCCCCCUCUGGAGCUUUUUGACUUGGAUGAAACUUUUUCCUCUGAGAAAGCUCGUCUUGCAGAGAUCACAAACAAAUGUACUGAUGACGACCUGGAGUUCUAUGUACGGAAGUGCGGCGAUAUCCUGGGAAUAACAAGUAAACUCCCAAAGGAGAAGCAAGAUGCCAAACAUAUCCUGGAGCACAUCUUCUUCCAAGUGGUUGAGUUUAAGAAACUGAACCAGGAACACGAUACUGACACGAGUGAAUCUGGAUUCCAGAAUGGUAACUGA